AUGACGACCAAACUUUCCCGCCUGGCCCUUUUGGCUCCAGGAAUCGCAAACGCUGCAGCUUUUGCGAAAAUACCAGAACCAACACCUUUUGUCCCAUUCAAUACUUGGAGUCCUGCGCCAACGGCUGCACCACAGCUUCCUCUUGACCUACUCAAGCGCACUGGGAAUGAAUAUACAUGUGGCUAUGUAUCUGGGUCUUCAGCAAGUCCAAUAACCUGUCCAAACUCUACGCAAACCUGCGCAACAAAUACAUACUUUGGCGCCCACGGCUGCUGCGACCCCUCCACGCCUUCCUGCACCCUCGCCACACUGUGCAUCCCUUCAACUGCCCUCUCUGCCUCCUGCACCGACACGGCAUGCUCGUCCGACGCCGCCAUUGCAAAAUGCACAGCCAGCACUGCGCCCGCCUGCUACGAGUGGCAUUUUGUCUACGACCGCAUCACACUGACGCAGUAUGGCUGUGCUGAAACAGCAUUCACCCGCACCGCAUACCACACCCCCGGCAUGUCUCUGUCCAGUCGUGCCGUACAAGAAACCGUUGGCCCGAUGGCGCCAGCAACCCCGGACGCCGUAGCCACACCCACCGCCAAACCUGAUUCCAGAGGAUCGGGCCCGAGCCUAGCUGCAAUAAUCGGCGGUGUAAUCGGCGGAUGCGCCUUUGCUGCUGGUCUUAUAUUAGGCGGCGUGCUGGUCUGGCGCGGGAGUAGAGGCACCGGCGUCAGAGGCGUGCAGACGCAGUUGAAUUCGUCAGAGCUCGAUCAGUUUUCAGGAGAGUAUCGCGACCAUGGGCGCACGGCCACGGCCACGACGAGCACGUAUCAUGGUGCGCACAAGACGUGGGCGCAGGGGCCUGUAGAGGCGGAUGGGAGGGAGAGGCCUGUCGAGGCGCCUACAGAGAAGUAGGGUAGACAGGGACAAGUGAUGGUAGACAGAAUUGGGCCUAUGACUAACGGCUACGAAGAAGCGAUGUAUACUAGACUUUGGUGUUCGCCUUGCUGGGCUUGAGCAUGC